AUGGCGCUCGCGACGGCGCCGCCCGCGGGCAACGUCGCCGACGCGCUCGCGUACGUCCGCGAGGUCCGCGAUCGGUUCGCGCGACAGACGGGAAAGUAUCGCGAGUUCCUCGCCGCGAUGCGCGACUUUAAGACUGGAACGCUCACGCCCGAGGGCGUGAUCGAGCGCGUGCGACGGUGCCUGCGAGGACACGACGAUUUGCUCGACGGCUUUCGAGCGUUUCUGCCCGAGGAAACGGAUGAGAAUCGAAGCGCGACGUUACUGAGCGGACAAGAUUUGCUCAAGCGCAUUCGCGCGCAGUACGCGUCGGACGACCGUCCGUAUCAGGCGUUUUUACAGACGUUGAUUAAGUUUAGGAACAAGCAGUUCAGCGCGGAAGAGGUGGUGCAGAAGUGUGCGAUAUUGUUUUAUGAUCAUCCGCAGUUAUUGGAGGGUGAAAAUGGGUUGGCCACCUUUGUGCCGAAGACGUGCAAGCCGCCGACGCGGUCGUCGUGGUUCGAGUGGAGUCCGGCGGUGCAUCAUCGCUUCAGCAGCGAGAGCUUUCGAUUGUUCGUGCGCACGUUGUUAUUGUGUGAGUAUAAAAGUCGCUUAACGCCGCCGGAGCCGAAGAUGCGGCGUUGGCGUCUGACGGAUGGCGACAGUAGCGAGUCGGAUAGCGACGACUACACGUCGUCGGACGAGAGCGAAAGCGAGAGUUCGACGGUGAUAGAAAAAGAGUCUGGCACGCUUCGACCGGAUCAAAUUCCCGAUCGAUGGGUGGGUAAAAUACACGACCGAACGUUGAGCGCGUUCGAGCGCCUGACUUUAGAGCUCAAACCGAAAGACGAAGAGUAUUGCUGGGCCGACACCAAGGCGGCGCGCGAAGCCAAGGAGAGCAAGGACGCGAUCGAACUUCGGGGCAAGCGCGGUCGCGGCGAAGAGCGAGAUUUCACGACGACGCCUCGAGAUUCACCAUCACCGCCGCCGUCGUUUAAUAAACGGCGCGCGAGCGCUCGCAUCGUGGCCAAGGUGAACCGAGGCAUCGUGUACAACCGCUAUCGCAGCUUGGCGUCCCCCGACGGUCUCUCGCGCGGUCGCAUGCGCAUGACGCGAUCGAUGAGCACGGUGGACGACACCUUGCCCGCCAAACCAGAUCGCAAGUUCUUGAUCAAUCGUGACGAAGGCAAGAUGUCCCCGCUGUGCGCCGAGCGCAUCGGAUUACACUCCCUGCCCGCCGUCGCGCUCGAGAAAAUCAUCGCGUGCUACAGCGCGCAAGAGGGCGUCGCCGAGCUCAAUCAAAUUCGCGAGUCUCUGAUCAAAUCGCUCAUAAAAAAUAAUAGGUAA